GUUUACAGUUAGGUUUUCCCGAGAAUUCCCGUAGGAGUAUUGCUUCUUAGCAUUUCCUCCACAAAUAAAACAUGUCCCUGGCCUUCCUGUGUGGUAUGGAGAAUGUGCUGGCUUCUGGGAGUCAUUUAGUAUGGACUAUUGCUGAGCAGAUGCUGAGGAGAUGCUACAGUGAUGGGCUGCUUCCAUGCAGGAGGUUGAUUCAGUCGUGGUGGAAUAUCGGAGAUGUUUAUCAGAUGACGGAGGGUCGGCAGUGUCAGGUGCUUCUGCUGGAUGACAGACAGCUAGAACUGCUCGUCCAGCCAAAACUACUGUCUAGAGAUCUCUUGGACAUGGUCUCAUCCCAUUUCAGCCUGAAGGAAAAGGAGUAUUUUGGAAUAUCAUACACUGACACAAAUGGUCUGACAAGCUGGCUGCAACUGAACCGGAGAGUACUGGAGCACAACUUUUCCAAAAAGACUGGACCACUCGAGCUCAAAUUUCAUGUUAGGUUUUACAUCGAGAGUGUCGGAUUACUGAAAGAUACCAGCACAGUGGAGCUGUUUUACUGGAAUGCUAAGUCUUCUGUUUACAAUGGAAAUGUCGAAUUGGAGAGUGAACAUGUUUUUAAGUUAGCUGCGUUCGUGUUGCAGGAGGCAAAAGGGGACUACACAAGUGAUGAAAGUGCAACAUCAGACUUGAAAAAGCUGCCCGUGUUUCCCACAGCUGUUUUAAAGGAGCACCCAUCCCUGGCCUAUUGUGAAGGCAGAGUCAUCGAGCAUUACAAAACCCUCAAAGGGCUCACCCGAGGAAAGGCCAUCGUACAGUAUCUCCUGUUAGUGGAAUCUUUACCUUCAUAUGGUGUUCAUUAUUAUGAAGUGAAGGACAAGCAGGGAAUUCCGUGGUGGUUGGGAAUCAGCUACAAAGGCAUUGCCCAGUACGACCAACAAGACAAGCUAAAACCCAGGAAGGUCUUUCACUGGAAGCAGUUGGAGAACUUGUAUUUCCGUGAGAAGAAAUUUGCAGUUGAGGUCAACGACCCUCCCAGGAGAGCAUCAUCCAAGUCCACUUUUGGCCAGUCUGGACAUACGAUCCACACGUGGUAUGCCAGCCACUCACUGAUAAAAACCAUCUGGGCUAUGGCCAUCAGCCAGCACCAGUUCUACCUCGACUGCAAACAGAGCAAAUCUAAAAUAAGCACAUCUAAGAAUCUGGGAGACAUCGCCAUGGACCUUACAGAUAAUGGUGCCUCAAGAGUCAGCAAGCUGGUGAGUGGAGAGAGCAAAGACCAGCUCAUCAUGGCCAGCAAUGGAAGCUUGGCCUCUGCAGGUUCUGCAGAUUCUGAGGUUAAUGAGGAGCUGAAGAAAGAGAAGAUUGUGGAGCUGAAGAAGAAAGCAGAUAGCCUUCAGGAACUUCUAACUCAGAACUUGAGUGAGCUUAAGAAGAUCUGCCUCAGAGAAGCAGAACUGACAGGUAAAUUGCCUAAAGAAUAUCCUUUAGCAUCAGGAGAGAAGCCUCCUUCCGUUAGAAGACGUGUAGGAACUUCUUUCAAGCUGGAUGAACUUUUCCCUUAUGAUGCGGACCCUCACUUGAGGAACUUAGAAAGCCGGUUUGCUCUUCAGCAGAAGAUUGUAGAAGCGGCAAAGAAGCUUGCCAAUGAAAUGGAACUUUGUAAAACUGUGAAGAAGAAACGAAGGAGGAACUUUGAAGAUGCUAAGAGGACCCUUCAACAGAUUGAGAAUGAAAUUAAUGACUACAGAGUGAAAACGGGCAAGAAACCUACACAAAGGGCCUCUGUGAUUAUUGAUGACAUGAAUGCAGCAGAACUCAGCUCACUAUCUGACAGCUUAAACCUGGAUGAUGAUGAGGCAUUUGUAGUACAACGGCAGCGUUCCCGUUCAGUCCAGUGUUCUCCACGGCCUCCAGACAGCCUCAGCAUUCCAUAUCACUCCGAUCGCAGGGUCUCAGAGCAACCACACAACUCUGACGGAAUAAACUACGGUGAAGUCCAAGAACCUUACCCCUACGUUAACCAAGUCACUUUAUCACCGCACAACAGCCCGUUUUACGCUCCCUCCAGACAAGCAGGAAACUCCCGCAGCAUGCCUCCUACACCCCAGCUGACCCGCAACGCCUUUAGCAGCAUCCAGCUCAGGUGUGAGGAGGACACGCCUGAGCACUUCCGUCAGCGCAGUGGCAGUCUAGAGUCUCAGUCACUCUUUGCCUCAGAGUGUGACGGCCCCGAGCCUGUGUUCACAAUCAACACUGGUGCCCGACGCAGCAACAGCACUGAGGUACUUGACGAUGUCUCCUCACACACCAGCCAGUCAAGCACGGAGUACUGCGGCCAUUCGCGCGCUCGAAACCGCCACCGUCGCCAGAGAGAUUACACCACCUAUGCUAAUACAGGCAGCAUGCCCAACUUGGCACAGAAUGAUACCCGCUGCUACACCCACAAGGCACCGACCAGACCUACCACAACAGCCUACUACGUCACUGGAUACCCCUGUUUCACAGAUCCGUACACCAACGGAACCUAUGCAUAUGAGGAUGAGACGGCGGGCCAUUAUAGCGUAAAUCCUUCCUACCAGGCUCUGUCGUACAAUACACAGGAACCAUACGGUGAAUAUAAUCACACUGAGAUGGACCCCAUGAGCCAGAAUCCAUAUGCCACACUGAGGCAGCCAAGGACUCGACCGCCAUCGAGGAAUGAAAACCUAUCAAAGGGCAUGCAGAGGGCCAUGGUGGCCGAGCACUUACGAGGCUGGUAUAACCGGAACGCAACGCACAGGCAGAUGCCGUACGAGUACGAGAGGGAGUCCCAGCAAGUCCUACCCUACAGGGUGACGCCACAUACUUAUGGCUAUAACGAUCGCAACCCCUUAUACGCCUCAGUUUCUCCAGCAUCUAACACGGGGAACUGGCGUGAUCACUUGUCUGUGGGUUUAUCGGAAUACAGCAUGGGCCUUCAUCCACAGCAUGCCUAUAGCUACAAUUCUGUCCAUCAGGGUCACCUUCCACACAGCCGACAUGCCUUCAGUCCACACCCUGCACCCUCCUGGUACUACCCACCUCCUUCCUUCUCACCUAGUGCCUGUACUUCCUCAUCUUCUUACUUCUCCCUCCCACCACCCCCUUCUUCCCGCUAUCGGGUGGAGCGUUCGGCCUGUGAUGGUUCCAAAACUGACAUGGUUAAUAAAGCUUCCUUGCUAAAUGUAGCCCUUGAUAGUCAUACAUAGAUGUACACCAGAUGGAUUCAUACCGGAGUAGCCCUGUGGACAGUUUUGACUCUGAGGAUCAGACACUUUACUGGCACGAAGACUCCAAGCCUGGAACAAUAGUGUAGGAAAUUAAGACGACUACUUUAUGCUUUGUGCCUUAUUUUUUUGACGCGUUCCAAGCAUCAGUGUUUCAAAAACUGUUGCCAGGCCAGAAUUGUGUUCAGCCAGCUCAGAGAGCACGAGUGCAUAACAGGGACCAAACAGGCCUUUGAGACACUCUGGAGAGCAACACAUUUUGUAUGUGUGGUGCUAAGCACUUCUGGAACCUGGCCUGGCCUGGCCUGACGAAUGCCUGCUGUGGAAUUUCUUCAGGAUUUGUUAAUAUGGUAAUGGCGAUUGGGAUGAGGAAGGAGGUACUCGAGCCAAAUAUCCUGGACUAUUCCAUUGCCAUGGACGGAUAUUACAAUCGUAAAUCCUCUUCAUGGACACAAAGCACACAUUAAUAUGAAGGACUAAACUCCGCUGGUUUCUGUUGUGUGAAGCUUUUCCUACGGCUAUUUUUUGGAUCAUUUAAAGAAACCGAAGCAUUGACCUUUUAUAUUGAAGUUAAUUCUUCUGUAAGAAAAUCAUUUUUUACAAACUUAUUAUAUAUAAUUAUGCCUAAAAUUGGAUUCACAAGGGCUUAUAACAUGGUUAUGCAACAAAAUAGAAAUUCAUUCAGUAUUUUCUUUUCUCCCCAAGUUACCCCACUCCAGCAGGUGUUGUUCCUUUAAUCAUGUAUUUACUUACUGAAUUAUUUACACUCAUUAUUUAAAAUGCACUGUGUUGCUUUACUAGUCUGCUGUGUGUGUGUGUAUAUAUAAAAUAUAUUAUGAAAGAGCAGGAAUCUGUAUAAACGUAUUUACAGAUAAACACCAGCUACCAGACAUGUUCCUGAUGCCGUAUAUGUGUAAAUCAUGGCUUAAAGCCCAAACUGUUUUAAUUAAUACAUUUUAAGUAUAGCUCGAAGUCGUGGAUUAGUUCUUUUGUCCAAUAGCAAAAACCAAGGCCUGCCACUUUUUUCUUUCUCUCCAGAAAGCUGUUUAUCUAUAUGUAAAUUCUGUACAAAGAGUUUAUUUUUGUCAUUUUUAAAGAGAUUUUUUUUCUAUGUGCUUUUUUUAAAGUGUGUAAUAUAUAUAUAUAUAGAAAUCAGAAUUGUUAAGCUGGUUCUUAGUCAUUUCUAUUAAUGAAAUUUCUUUGAAUUAAAGAAAAAUGACCAAAAACAAAACAAAGCAAUUAUCAUUUAAAAAAAAAAAUUAAGGCUCUGAACCUUAAAUAAAUCUUUAAAUUGGACUGUAAAAUUAUGUAAUGAAACAUGGAUCUGAACUAUACAGGAAAGUAUAAACUAUAGAAAGAUUGCUUGCACACAGCCACUUAACUAGCAGUCUAAUUAUUCACGUACACAACACGUUGUGAACAUUUUCUCUGAAAGAUGACAUCUAAUGUCUUGCAUUCUUUCUUGUGUAAAAGUAUGAAGACAGAUACCGAUGUUGUUGUGCUGCAUGUAUAGAAAACCAGAAGAACCUGUAGGAGGGUAGACGCACCCACUAAUUCCUCAUUGGGACCAAAACCAGAUCAGCCAUGUUUACAUGGCUGUGUAAGAGAUCACACCUGCAAUCCUCAUUCGCAAUCUGUGUAAUACACUAUAUACUAAAAAUAUGAUCCAUUCAAAGUACAUUUUGUUACUCUACCUCUGACUAGCUCGUUAGAUUAAUCGUACAUUGUCAUGUAGCAGGUCACCAAACUCUUUCUUUUGGCCUAUAUUGUUGUUGUUCUUGUAAUAUGCAAGAUUUGAAGUAGAUACUCCAUGUAGACACUUGAAGUAUAGUCAGUUCCUAUUUGACUUUCUGAGAAAUCCUGCAAGAAAACAGCACAAGCAAAAACUGGAAUAACAACUUAAACUCUGAUUUAAACUUGGUUGCACUUUAGUAGGUUUUAAGUGUAGUGGUUUUAUAGUAGAAUGUAAAUUGUUACUAUCUUCUGCACAGCAAGUAAAUUUGUCACUACACUCUUUUCUCGAACAAAGGGGUCUAAGCAGCUGCCAAGAUAGAAAUGGUGAAUGUGUAGUGAUUUUGGCUUCUGUCAUUCAUUGUUGGUCUGUUACUAAAAAGCUGUUGAGACCUUGCUUGCAUGAAGUAUUAUACUGGGAAAGUGCAUCACUGUGACAUGAUCAUGAAUGUAGUAUUUCCUGUUAUGUUCAGUUCGUAUUUCUGAUCAACACUCUGUCGAGUGUUGCCAACCUGUUUACUUUUUAUAGACCCAUGCAACAAGUUUAUUUCAAUAGAGCUCAUCAACAAUUCUAGGGACUUUUAAGACGCACGUUAGCGACUGUCCUGCUCUCCAUACUUCCUUCCAGCUCACAAUCACAGCUGCUGGUUCUAUAAGUUGAGAGCAGGUUUGGUCGACUCACGACCGUAUAAAGUCUUGCUCUUGCUUGAGCUGACUUUCCGGAAUAAAAUAAUUCUCACCCAUGGACCUCUUCAAUUGAA